GAUAACUCCAACCUCUCUGCUUCAUUUUCUUCCAGUGACCUCGAAACAGUCAGGUACCCAGCUUCAAAUAACGAGUUCAAGGUGAUUUCUUUACAUCAUUGUUCUCCUUGUGCGGUUUCAUUGAUGUAGAUUUGGUUGUUUAGAAGCACGGUGACACAGCUUGAUGUAUACAGAACAUUAAAGCCAGAAAAUCUUCGACUUAUUUUCAUCGUAUUCCAGUUAUUGCAGUUCUUUAAUCUCUGCAGGCACUACUUCGCAUACUAGAGCAGUUAAAAAUUAAAUUCCGCAUUUGAGAUGUAUGUAAUAGCGAGAAAAGCACUUAUUGAUCUCUGAGGGUAAUGUCGAAGGGGCUCGCACUGCACGGAAUUUUCGGUUUUGGUGAAGAACGUUGUAUUUCCUUACAACUUGACUUUGCAUUGCUUCCAUAUCCUCCACAUUUCGAAAAAUCUUCUGUUUGAGUAAGUGAGACAAGUAGUUAUUACCCAAGCAAUAAUUUUGACGCAGACUGCAGACAGCUGUGCCACUUUCUAAAGUGCAGUGUAUUCAGUGGACUCUAAGAAAAUGAUAACGGUUUUCAGUCCUCAAAUGUGACAAUAAACUAAACAUUAGUCGUAGUAGAAGGAAGCUUCUGCUAAUUUAAGGCAUAGAUAAAGUUGUAUUGUAACUAAAUUAAAAAUCAUAAUGUUACAUAUUAAUUUCAUACAGGGUUUCAUUCUAAUGCCAGAUCGAUUAACAUCUAAAGCUGUCUACUGGCCCAUCAGAAUGUGGGCUAUCUAUUGUGUGACGAAAUCACACCACGGAUACAAAAGGUCAGAAAUUAUGGAUGCUUGAGGACACAUUUGUUUUUAUUAUUUACUUAGCACAUUCUACUCCAAUAUUUCAUCUCAGAUUUCAUUCGCCUUUUCCUUCUGUGAUCAUCAACAUAUAUAUACACAAACAUAAAGUAUGCACAAGGUGAGAACAUUGUUUACCACCACACGACUACACUGUGCAGACUUGCUAAAAAAGAAUAACAAUAAUGAUCAAGUUUCCAGGAAUCUUCAAGAUCUAUUCACAAAUCCACAAAUUCAUAAUCUUUUACGCCUGAUCACUCACACAGAUACAGAGGCAGUUCAUCAACAAACUCAUAAAAAGUUUGGUAGGGAGAAUAUUAAACUCCUGACCGAUGCUGAGUUGAAUAUAGUCAAAAAAUAUACUUCAGUUUAUACAGAACAAAAAUUACAAAUGCCACCCGUGCUGCAGCCAAGACGUAUUGUUGACGAUCAGAUCAUAUCACAGGAUAGUGGUCUUCAAGGUCUCCUACCUGGGAAUAUUAAAUUGGUUUUCACAGAUACAACUUUAAAGCGUAAUCGUAAAAAUCGCCUGAUUGUUGUCAGAGAGUCGAAUGGUACUCUAAGGCAUGCAAAUGCUUGUGAACGUGAUCGUAUUAAUCAGGUGUAUUUUCCUCUUUCUGGUCGACGGUUGUAUAUCCCAUUAAUGUUUGAAGAUAAACAGUUAAAUGCACUUCUAGAUCAAGGUUCUUUCUUGUAUAUUUUGGAUAGAACCUGCGUACAAUUCGAACCAGAUGAUCCUAAUUUCAGUCGAAUAUGUCAUCGUGUUUAUGAUCGUGUCAAUCAGUUAGCUUGGACUCCGUUUAUCAAUACGAAUCAAUCAUCAGAUGACUGUCAAGUGAAUCCAUUACUUUUACUACGACAUACACGUUACUAUGGUCCCUUGGCUUUAUAUAUGAUUGCUUCAUUGGGAUCAUCUGGACCUCUUAUCUAUGAAGCACUUGCUCAUCGACAUUACGAUCGUUUAGGCUGGUUACUGCGUUUAAUUUGUCUUAUUCGACCUUCUAGUCCUUUUGCUGUUCAAAUGAAAUCAAGAGUGGAUUUAAUCCCUCCAGAAACAGUGAGUGCUUUGGAUUAUUGUUCAGGUUCGUAUAAAUUCAGCAUGACUCCAUCUGAAAUUAACGACCUACUUGAAUGUGUUGAGCUUUUCAUCAAAGUAGAACCAUUAGGUGAGAAUAAAAAAUCAAUACUGUAUGACUGCCUCCGUCAAGUUCGCGAAAGUUGUGCUGCUGUCGAAGAAGAGAUAUGUCAGGAAUCUUAAAAUUCCCAGGAUGUGUUGUGUAUAGAUAUUAAUUAGUUUUGUUAUCCAUGAUGAUGAUGAUGAUGGUGAUGAUGAUGAUGGAAAAGAAGGACUAAAAGAAUAAAUCAAUUUUGUACUUCAAGUUAAAUAAAGCAUUUAACGAAGCA